AUGAUGUUCCUGCUGCUUUCACCUGCUAUAGCAGCCUUUGCACAAACAAACGACAAAGAAGCGGUAAAGAAUGUAUUGAACAACUACAAAAAAGCAAUUGAAAAACUGGACACUACAGGUGUAGUAAACCUGUUUGUAAAAGAUUCGAAAGUAUUUGAACAGGCCAAAGAUGAAGGCACCAUUGGGCAUUACCUGGAGCAUCACCUGGGACCAGAACUGAAAGAUUUUAAGUCUUUCACUUUUAGCGAUUACAAGGUAGAUGUGAUUGUAACAGGCGACUACGCUUUCUCAACAGAAACUUAUAUCUACACUAUCAUUCUUGCAAAAGAUGGUAAAGAAAUCAAAAGCCAGGGUGUAGCCACUUCUGUAUUAAGGAAAACCAAAGAAGGCUGGAAAAUUAUACAAACACAUUCGUCAUUCAGAAAAGCGAAAUAA